AACAUUUUUCCCGCCAGUUUUUCAGGUGGUGCGUGAACGGGACUGUAUUAUUAUUAUUUUUUUUAGUGGGUGUGUGGAACAAAAAGAAACAAAAAAUGGAACUCGAUUAUGAAUGAAUUUGGCUGGCCUUUAACAGACGUCGUUUUCUUAAUUUGCCGGUUGAAAAUGAGAUACCUUAUUUGCCUCUUGAUUGCAGUGAUGAUUGGCUGGGCCGGUUGCACCGCCGAUGCGGAUGCUCACGUUAACGAGCAGGCCGAUGUCGAUCGACCAGUUCCCAUUGAAAAUGUUUACGUCAUGGCUGGAGAUCGGGUCGAGUUGAUUUGUGACGUUGCAUCGUCAACGGCGUUCCAACACGACGACGCCUAUUCGAACCCGAGGGCUGCUUCAUCCCGAAUAUCGGGAGGACUAUCGGGAUACAGCAGACAUCGUCAAACUGCCACUCAUCAUCGCAGACGUAGCCGUCGCUACAACAGACAUUCGAUUGGUGUGCCCGACGAUGUCGAUCCGUACCGUCCAUCCGAAACAGUCAUGGACGAUGGCUACCUGGUUUUAUGGUUCGUCGAUCCCGAUCGCAAGCCAUUCUAUAGUUUGGAUGUGAGGCGAGGUCGGUCCGGUCGCCAUUGGUGGAACGAGGAGCGCUUCGGUCGUCGAGUUCGUUUCCUGAUACCGCAGGCAAGUUCAUCUUCGCCGUCAUCGGGCGGAGGUGGUGGAUCGCUUUCACGGAAUGCAUCAGCAUUAGCUCGACUGCAGAUUGCCAACGUGACUCGCCAGGACGGAGGAGAUUACCGAUGUCGGGUCGAUUUCAACAGCGCUCCGUCUCGCAACUUUAAAUAUCGUCUUAUCGUCAUUGAACCUCCUUCGUCGGUUGUCAUCCUGGACGGCUUCCUGCAACAGCUGAGCGUUAUUGCCGGCCCUUUGGAAGAAGGCAGCGAUCUCAUAUUGACUUGCAAAGCGUACGGAGGUUACCCUCAACCGUGGGUGACAUGGUGGAGAGGUGGCCAGUUAUUGGAUAACACGACAGACGCCCGUUCACCAGAAUCAGUCAGCAAUUUGUUAGUCGUGCCCAGGGUGGGAAGGCAACAUCUGCACGGCGCUUUUACGUGUCAGGUCACGUCAAGUCCCCACCUAGCGCCAAUUAUGAAGACAGUCACACUGGAACUCCAUCUUCGGCCUUUCUUCGUCGAGAUUCAACUGCCGCCGGCCAUUUCUUCUACCAAUCAACGCGUCUUUGUCGCCGGCCAGAGUGUGGAGGUCAAGUGCCGAACGAGCGGCUCUCGACCGGCGCCCUCCAUCACCUGGUGGAAAGGAAAUAAACAAAUAGCGCCUCAUCUUUCAACCGUUAUGAAUUCAGACGAUGGAAACGCGACGGAAAGCCGAUUGACUUUGACGCCCGUCUCGGAAGACGAUGCCAGUCACCUGAUUUGCCGUGUAGAGAAUUCCAUGAUCCCCGGAGCCGUCGUCGAAGAUUCCACCAAGCUCGACGUCCAUUAUCCUCCUGAAGUUGGCAUUGCACUGGGCAGCAACAUCAACGGCGACGACGUCAAGGAAGGCGACGACCUCUACAUCGAAUGUCACAUCCGCGCCAAUCCUUCUUUCCACAAGCUGCAAUGGACCCAUAACGGAGUGACGCUGGUGCAUAAUGUCAGCGCCGGUGUUGUUCUCAGCAACGUCAGUCUCGUACUCCGAUCCGUCACGCACUCCAGGGCCGGACUUUACGCUUGCAGCGCCGCCAACAGCCGCGGGGAAACCGUCAGCCAGCCGGCCUUGCGACUCCGCAUUCAAUACGCUCCACGAUGUCGGAGCGUGUCAGCUGCCGGAACUGUUUCGGGCGUUUCCAAGCAAGAAACGGCGUCGCUAGACUGUCAGGUAGACGCCGACCCUUCCAACGAAGUCCAUUUUUGGUGGACUUUUCUCGGCACUCCCAUGAAAAGUAAUGGCAGCAUGUUAGUGACAAGUAGCGGUGAUGCCAUUCUACUACCGCGGUCGCUUUUCACAAGUCAGGGAAGUACCAGCGUCCUGCAGUAUUCUCCAAAAUCAGAAUUGGAUUUCGGCGUUGUCGCUUGCUGGGCUAGCAAUCCCGUUGGUAAUCAACGUGAGCCUUGCCUCUUUCAUGUCGUCCCUGCCGGCAAACCUGCGGCGCCAUCCAACUGUGCCAUACACAAUCAGACAGCCGAUUCGGUACGAGUCGAUUGCCAAGAGGCUUUCGAUGGAGGCCUGCAGCAAACGUUCGGUCUGGAACUGGUCGAUCGUAAUACUCGUACGCUCCGCUACGUCUUCAACAAUACCAAGCCCGUCUUCACCGUCUACGGACUGGAACCCGAAACCGCAUUUUUGCUCAAUAUCUACGCAUUGAACGCUAAAGGACGUAGUCAGCCGAUUACCUUAGAGACGACGACGUUACGCGCCGCUAUGAAACACACGAGUCACGCACUCUAUUUUCAAAUGACUCCGUUAUUGGGCGUAUUGGUCGGAGCGGCUGUGACUCUUUUAGUUAUCGUUUUUACGGUGGCUGUUGUCGUUCAUCGUCGCAACCGAAGCAAAAGACAACGCCAAAUGAACAGCGAAAUUGGAGAGCAGCAGCAGACGGCGGCCCUCAACGGAGCCAAUCAACCCCUUCUUCCGCUUCCGCACGCGUUACCCGGCACAGAUCCAAAUGCGGGAUUCGGAGCCAACGAUAGCGGAAACGCAAUCAACGGCAGCAACGGAGGUCACACUAACUUCGGCGAGAAUCGCCACCAAAGGGCAGUGCUAUUGAACAAGACGGGCAAUAGUGUCAAUGGACAACCGACACACUUCAAUAAGCUCAUCAACAGUGCUCAUUUGAAAGGUGCUACCAAUCAUCAUCAUCAACAGGAUCCUGAUAUAAUCCUCAGAGAGAUAGUCGACUUUCAACCGAAACGAAUGCUGCCAGCCGUCAUGCUAAUGAAUAAUCCACCACCAUCCGGCGUCGGGGGCACUCUGUCGAGACGUGGUGCGAGUGUAAAGAAGAACAUUAUUGAGGAAGAAGAAGACGAUGGUGGCGCUGAUUCGCUUGCGUCAUUCCGUUGCGGUGCGGAAUUGUUGGGCAGGAGUUGCACGCAGCAGCAAUCACCGCUAUCAUUAUCCAGUCGGUCCAGUGCUGGUGCUAGUUGGAACAUUGGUUUCCCUCACGGCGGCAAUAACCAUUGGCCAGCGUCCGGCCAUCAAAGCCCUUCAUUAGGCCUAUUCACCAACAAUGGAGCACUGAUGCAGCAGCAGCACAAUAUAGGAGCAGCCGACCUAUUGGCCGAUUGUCGGCUCCCCGAAAGCUCAUUGUGAAAAUUAUAUAUAAUAUUAAGGAUAUUAGGAAGGAAUAACGAAAAUAAGGGAGAAAACCUCGCGCAAAUGUGCGUGCACACUGUUGUACAGUUCCGUACCGAUUCCUUUGAUUCGUUUUUUUCGUUUUUUUUUUUUUAUUUAUUCAUUUAAUUUUUUUUUUCUUUUGCAAUCUUUUCAUAGACACUUAUAUUAAUUUCUUUUUCUUCGAAUUCUUCCAAUCGAAGCAAUCAACGAGCUUUUAUUCAAAAAGAGGAAGAGGGAAGUCAGACGGUGACCAUUUGCAAGAGACAUUCUCACCCGGAGGUGAAAGGCUUUCUUUCUUUGUUUUUCUAAUUGCCAACGGUCGUCACAAAAUUUUCUUCUUCCUGAUUCCUGUUAAAUAUGGGGUUACGUACGAUAUCGAUGGAUGUCCCCCUUAAUUUUGUUGUUGAAUAUUUAUGGCUGUAAGAAUGUUAUGUUUUUUUAUUUUUUUUUUUUUCGA